AUGGCCCGACUGGGCGCAGCCAAGGUGAAGACGGGGUGCAUUACGUGCAAGAUCCGUCGGGUCAAGUGUGACGAGGCGCGCCCAGCCUGCAACCGGUGUGCCAGCACAGGGAGGAAGUGCGAUGGUUACGUGACGCCGCCGACGGGAGCGUACUCGUGGAGUCAGCUGCUCAGCGCGCGUCCGCCACCGACCGAGUCGGCGCCGGAUGCCGAACUACGGCAGCUCGCAUUCUUCCGGCGCAACGUGGCGCCCUCACUGUCCGGGGUUCUCGAUAGCUACUUCUGGACGCAUCUCGUCCCCCAGUUCUCCCACCAGCAGCCGGCGGCGAGACACGCGAUGCUGGCCAUCAGCUCGCUCUAUGAGAAGUUCCUGGAGGACCCGCUGGACCGGUCGGCCGAGAAGAACGCCUUUGCCGUCACCCACUACAACGAGGCCAUCAAGCACCUGAGGACGACGACGAACCAGGAGGCCGUGCUCUUCGUGUGCAUCCUCUUCGUGUGCAUCGAGAUGCUCCGCAACAGGUGCCAGACCGCCAUCGAGCACUGCCGGCACGGCAUCAACAUCCUCAACGACGUCAAGACCAAGUCCAACAUCACCAAGGACUACCUGGAACCGGCCUUCUGCCGCCUCGGCAUCUUCCCCUACUUCUUCGGCGUCCGCCCGGAGACCUUUCCGGCCGUGGCGUCGCCGUGCCGCGUCCCGACGCCGCCGUUCCACAGCCUGCUGGAGGUCCAGGAGGCGCUGGACCCGUUGCUCGUGCGGACCAUCCGCUUCAUCAGGAUGGCGGACGAGUACCGGCUCGGGGACGAGACGUGUCCCCGACCCGACGCGGCCACGAUGCAGGAGCGGGGGGAGAUUGACGGGCUGCUCGACGCCUGGCUGGGCGAGCUGCAGGCCUUCAAGGAGCGCAAGAGGAUCCAGAAGUGCAAGCUCAUGGCCAUGCGCGAGGAGCUCGUCGAGCGGCUGCUCGAGUCCAAGUGGCUCGUCGGCAAGAUCUGGAUCGACACGUGCUUCUCGCGCGGCGAGGCCGUCUACGACCUGCACAUGGACAAGUUCCGCAGCAUCAUCGAGCUCGCGAGGGAGUCCGAGGCCAUCCUGCGCGCCAUGUGGACCAAGUUCCCGCGCGCCAAGUUCACCUUCGAGAUGGGCUUCGUGCCGCAGCUGGCCUUCGUCCUCGUCAAGUGCCGCUCGCUGAGCCUGCGGACGACGGCCAUGGGCCUCCUGAAGGCGCUCGCCCACGAGAAGGAGAGCUGCUGGGACCUGGCGACCGUCACGACGCUCGCCGUGCAGGUCAUCGGAUUCGAGCACGGCCUGCAGCUCGGCCCGGACGACGACAUGGCCGACAUGGUCGACGACGGGACGCUGCCGCCCGAGGAGCGGCGCAUCAAGGACUCGGCGUUGCAGGACGACAGGCGCGUUGUAUCUAGCACCGACGGCACGGGUAUCCUCUGGAGAAAGGUUGCGCUCCUGUUGAGAGAACCAGAGGGGCCUGUCACGGUCAAGGAAGAGUGGGUUUCCGUGCCCUUGAGGCCCAAGCCAUGA